CACUCCCAUUCACACGACCCCAAAGUUAAACGAAUGCGGGCCUUUCCCAGGACCAUGGAAAACAGUUUGAUAGUCCGUAGAACACGAAGAGUGGCGGCGGACUGUGUCAUGGAACUCAGCCCACUACAGGAUGGCGGCGAAGACACCGAAGGCGACGGCGACAGCAACCAGGAAGACCGAAAAAGUUCACGAAACAGGGGCAGUAGCCUAAAGAGGAUACUCGCCAGCAUAGCGAAGGAGAUCUUGGUAGUGUUGCCCGUACUCGUCUUCCUGCUCCUGCUGUGGGCUUUGGUGCAGUUCUCCGUGCGACAACUGCUUGUCUGGCGGUCCCCUGGGGAGUUCAACGCCGAGAGUGCCAGGAAACAUCUUGAUAGCAUAACAGCAUUCGGCCCCAGACCUGUUGGGAGUCCAGAAAAUGAAAUAUUGACAGUGAACUAUCUCCUGAGUCAAAUCGAGUUUAUCAGACAGGAAAGUAACCAAACUGCGCACACAAUUACAGUGGAUGUACAAAGACCUACAGGAUACAAAAACUUUGGUUACUUUAUCAAUUACUAUGACAACAUCACUAAUGUUGUUGUUAAGCUGGAGCCAAGAGGAGGAGAAGGAGCACAACAUGCAGUGCUGGCAAACUGUCAUUUUGAUUCUGUGCCAAACAGUCCAGGUGCUAGUGAUGAUGCUGUCAGCUGCUCAAUUAUGCUUGAAAUACUGCGUUCAUUAUCAAACCAGUCUGCUCCACUGACCCAUGGAAUUUUGUUCCUUUUUAAUGGUGCAGAGGAAAGUGGGCUUCAGGCUAGUCAUGGAUUCAUCACACAGCAUCCAUGGGCUAAGCUUGUACGGGCUUUCAUCAAUCUUGAAGCUGCUGGUGUUGGAGGGAAGGAGAUAGUAUUUCAAAUAGGUCCUAACAGCCCGUGGCUUGUGGAGGCAUAUGCCCUUGCUGCAGUACACCCAUUUGCCUCUGUAGUUGGACAAGACAUUUUUCAGAGUGGCUUUAUCCCAUCAACUACGGAUUUCAUAAUCUUUACAAAUGUUGGACACAUUCCCGGCAUAGAUAUGGCCUUCAUUGAAAAUGGUUACCUCUAUCAUACCAAGUUUGAUACACCCAACAGAAUUCUGACAGAAUCCAUACAAAGAGCUGGUGACAAUAUUCUGGCUGUGAUUAAACAUCUUGCUACAUCUAAUGAGCUGUCUGCCUCCAAACAGUAUCAGCAUGACAGCAUGGUUUACUUUGAUCUGCUGGGAGUGUACUUGGUUGCUUACCCAGCACAAACUGGCACAAUCAUUAACUGCAUUGUCGCAGUGGUGACUUUCAUUUAUCUUAUAAAUAGAAUGUUUCUUUCUAAGGACAAUGGUGGCAGAUACUGGCAGUUCUUUUUAUAUGGAACAUUUGUCACUGUGAUAACCUGGGUCAUCACUACUGGCGUUUCUGUUCUUGUCGCUGUCAUUAUUACUGUGACAGGACGUGCCAUGUUCUGGUAUAACCAUUUCUAUGCUGCAGUCUUCCUUUAUGGAUCAGCAUCUGUCACUGUGCUGCAACUCAUGGUCUUCCUAGAAAAGAACUGGUGCUGUGGGCUACAUCAUAAAGUGAGCAAUUUUUUCCUGGCUGAGUUGUAUUUCGAUGUCUCGUUGAUGCUGUGGUCCCUUGCCCUGGUUUACCUGACUGUAAAAGGAUUGUGUUCUGCUUAUGUUCCACUGAUGAUGGUCGUUUUUCCGCUUUCCACCAAGCUGUUUUGCUGUCACUCAUUCACUCAGUGUGGGUCCACGGUGAAGUACCUUCUGGGCUUGUCUCUUCCCUACAUGCACGUCACAUUCCUGAUUUGGUUGGUCUUUGAGAGCUUCUGUGCAAUCCUAGGACGCACUGUUGAUGUAUCGCCAGAUAUUGUGAUGGCUUUUCUAACUUCAGGGAGCACCCUCAUUCUGGCAACCUAUCUUGUGCCCAUUUUCUAUUUAAGUAAGCACACAAAAGAAAUACUCUUGCUGUGUGCAUGUGUUGUUCUUGUAAUGUGUGUGUGGGUUGUUUGUGGCACCUUUCCAUACUCCUCUGAUUCUGCCAGCCCUCGUCCAAAGCGUAUUUUCCUUGAGCACACAACCAAGACAAUCCAUAACCUCACUGGAGAAGUGGUCACGAAGAACUCUGGGAUAUGGAUCACUAGCUUUGAUUAUACUGGAAUGGAUCACGUGACUCCACACAUCCCAGAAAUCAAUGAUUCCAUCCGUGUUGACUGUGGGAGUAAACUUCAAGACUGUAGCUUAUCAAGUCUCCAGUUUUCCAUUAAGGAGCAGUGGUACCUGCCAGCCCCAGAGGUGCACCCAAAGCAUGCCCUUAAUUUGACCCUACUGAACAGACGCGAGACGCCGUGGGGGACCACCAACCUAACAUUUGAAGUCUUAGGGCCCAGUCACUUGUUCUUACACCUGGAAACCCAGAAUGGAUCACAACUGAAAAACUGGUCCUUUACACAAGGCUGGAGAUGGUUCUGGGGGACGCAAUUUUUGGAAGUUUACCGUGGCUUAAGUUCUUCAGCCUGGCAUUUCUGGUUAGAGAUGAAAGUCAAUGAAACCAAUUCAAAAGAAGGCAUAAUCUCCAUCGCUGUGACAUCUCAGUACGUUCAUGGAGAUGAUCAGAAUACCGACAUGCUGAAAGACUUGCUGCAACGCUUUCCAGAUUGGUCACUCCCUUCUCACUCAGUCAGCACCUGCCAUUUCUUUGUCUUCUAAAUUCCAGUAAUGCUGCUUUAAUGAAAGAUGCAAUAAUUAGUUCAUCAAAAUUAUUUACAAUGUUAAAGAAAUACACCCAAAAAUUACAAUUUUUAUGUUACUUACACUAUUUUGUUGAUAGCGAUGGCCAAGAGAAAAAAAUUAAUGUCAUGUUUUUGUGCAGAAUGAAGAGGAAAAUGUUUCUGAUAUAAUAGAACCCAAUGGGGGCCAGUGCUGUACAAUGGAAAUGUGAAAAACAUUCAUAGAAAAAAAGGACAAAAAUCUCAAGUUACUUGUGUUGCAUAAUCCACAAAUGAAAACCCACCUCUCCCCCUCAUUUGCUGAUCAAAAGUCCUGUCUUCAAUGCAAAAAGUCAAUCCCAUAAGGCUUUAGUUUCCUGUUUAUGAUGUGCGCCGAUUUAUUCUGGAUGCAACUAUUUUAAAAUGUUUAGAUAGAGUGCAGUGGGUAGCACUGCUGCCUCGCAGUUAGGAGACCCGGGUUCGCCU